UCAACUCCUCUCCCUUUUCUUUCUUCUCCUCCUCCUAAUCCCGUCGUGUCGGAGACCCAAACCCUCGCCUCCGCUCCCCGCCGCCCUCGCAACCCUAGCCCCGUUGCCAGAGUAGGACGGGGUGGUUGGUUCCGGUGGUUGUUGUUGAGGCGGAGCUCUCGCGCCGUCCGUCGGUGAUGUCGACCAGCCACGCCGCCGCACCCCGCCGCUCGUCCUCGGCGAUGGCGACCGCGGCGGCCAAGCGCCCCGCGGUGGCGGAGGGGGGAGGGAAGGCGGCGGCGGCGGCCGCAGCCGCGGCGGGAGGGCAGCAGGCGAAGAAGCGCGUGGCGCUCGGGAACAUCACCAACGUCGUCGCGGCCGCGGGAGGGAGGGCGGCGGCCGCCGCUGGUCCCGGGAAGGCCGGCAAUGCGAAGUUGAAUUCAGCUGCAUCAGUUGCACCUUUGAAGAAGGGAUCUUUGGGUAGUGGCCGCAGUGCGAGCACGAAUCGGGCCUCUGCGGUGAAAUCGGCUUCCACCAAGCCAGCUCCGGCGAUAUCACGCCAUGAGGUCGCCGCGCAGAAGGAGUCUGUUCUUCCUCCCAAAGUGCCUAGCAUUGUGGCGACUGUCGCACUCGCACCUGCACAUGUACCCUGCAGCAGCUUCGUCUCUCCGAUGCAUUCAGGAGAUUCAGUUUCGGUUGACGAGACGAUGUCGACGUGUGACUCGAUGAAAAGCCCAGAUUUUGAGUAUAUUGAUAAUGGGGACUCCUCCUCAGUUCUUGCUUCCUUGCAGCGAAGAGCAAAUGAAAACCUGCGCAUCUCAGAGGAUAGAGAUGUUGAAGAAGCUAAGUGGAAGAAGGAUGCUCCUUCCCCAAUGGAAAUUGACCAAAUUUGUGAUGUUGACAAUAACUAUGAGGAUCCGCAGUUGUGUGCUACUCUUGCUUCUGACAUCUACAUGCACUUGCGUGAGGCUGAGACCAGGAAACGUCCAUCAACUGAUUUUAUGGAAACAAUCCAAAAGGAUGUAAACCCAAGCAUGAGGGCGAUCCUGAUAGAUUGGCUUGUGGAAGUCGCUGAAGAAUACCGUCUUGUUCCUGAUACAUUAUACCUGACAGUUAACUACAUUGACCGCUAUCUUUCUGGCAAUGAGAUCAAUCGUCAAAGAUUGCAAUUACUUGGUGUUGCUUGUAUGCUUAUUGCUGCGAAAUAUGAAGAGAUAUGUGCACCUCAAGUAGAAGAAUUCUGCUAUAUAACUGACAACACAUACUUCAGAGAUGAGGUUUUGGAAAUGGAAGCUUCCGUCCUGAAUUACCUGAAGUUUGAAAUGACAGCCCCUACGGCAAAAUGCUUUCUGAGGAGAUUUGUUCGUGUUGCACAAGUAUCGGAUGAGGAUCCAGCUUUGCAUCUUGAGUUUCUAGCCAAUUAUGUUGCUGAGCUAUCACUGCUGGAGUACAAUCUGCUUUCUUACCCUCCUUCACUAGUAGCAGCAUCGGCUAUUUUCUUGGCCAAAUUCAUACUACAGCCAACAAAGCACCCUUGGAAUUCCACCCUUGCUCAUUACACACAAUACAAGUCAUCAGAGUUAAGCGACUGCGUAAAGGCAUUGCACCGCCUUUUCAGCGUUGGUCCCGGAAGUAACCUUCCAGCAAUCAGGGAGAAGUAUAGCCAACAUAAGUACAAAUUUGUGGCAAAGAAGCACUGUCCGCCUUCAGUUCCGACCGAAUUCUUUCGCAACGCAGCAUGCUAAACUAGAAAAACCCAGGAUUAGUUACAGUUGCUGACUGAAUUUUUCCUCCAGAGGCACCUAUGCCAGGUUGAGCUGCCAAUCCGUCCAUAUAACUUCGAUGCAAGGCAUGCUGAUUGCCCACCUGUUCUUUCAGGUGGUUUGGCUGAGUGUAGAUUCUAGAUAUAUGCUGCUGCUGCAGUUUGGUAAGGCCGUGAUACUGAUGCGCUUUCUUCUAUCUUCCCCUUCUGCUGUUCUUUUCCCUGUACCUAGAUCCAUGUUUUUCAGUAAAUUGUACAUCAGAGCCCUGCAGCAAAAGCUUGAAACAUCUUGUUUGUAAUGGCAUGGUACUUGGAAAUAUUAGCUGCCAACCUGGGCGUCUUCCAGGUUGAUGUAUGAGAGUCUGUUCGUGCUGCUCUUGUCGAGUCCCAAUAAGAGCACCACAUUUUAAGGUGGUGUUUAGAUUGAGAAAAUUUUUGGGAGAAACGUCACGUUAAAUGUUUGACUGGAUGUCGA